UGUAUUUUCAGAAAUCGCCUUCUGUUCAGAGCUUAGUGGGCAAUUUUACUAUGUCCAGACCUGACACUUAUGUGAAUGGCACAUGUAAAAUAAAUAGCCCUCUACCUCCAGAAGGAAAUUACAGAUACAACAUCAUAAUUACACCUGGUCAAACACAAGUGCCGCUUUCAUUUAUUGAAAGUAGUGAAAUUCGAAGUCCUUCUCAGCCUCCUAGUCACAACUGUCCGCUGUAUGUCGAGGAAAACGACGAUGUGAAGUGUAGUUGCUACACCACAGACCUCGGCAAGCCGUCUGGUCUUGUGAUGUGGAGAGAAACUGGAUCAUCGGAGUUGAGGCUUGAGAAAGUCAACAGGACACAACAUGAACAGACUUACACGUGUAGUCUGAUGUGGAACAACACCGAUGUAUUUCAAGUCACCUACACAUUACAAGUAAACUACUCAUCACGUGUGCUGACUUUCAAAAUAAACAACAUGGACAUCGACACUGUGAAUGUGAGUGAAAACAAAGACAUGACAGUUGUUUGUAAAGCUGAUGUCAGACCCACACCCAGUCUAAGUCUCUUCAAGAACAUCGACAACCAAAAGUUUAAACUAUCAGGUGUUAAGGAUUCGGAUGAACUCACACAUACCAUGACAGCUGUGACAUGCCAAGAUGCAGGCAACUACGUUUGUGAAUCAGAAAACAUCAUUGGUGUGGAUACAAAAUCGAUCCAGGUGUUUGUUUUCUGCUCUCCGAGAAGACUAACAAACGAAUCAUAUUUAACAACACUUGAUGGUGACGAAGCAAGUUUUGAAAUGAUCGCUUAUCCAGAUCCUGAUUCACUCAUCAUUAUUCCCAAUGGAUCUUCACUCAACGACACCAAUACCACAAAGCUGGAGACUAACUUUUCUGCUGAGUAUCAAUGCACUCGCAACACUUUGCUUUUGUACAGGACUACCUGUGAUGUUAUUUUCAGAAGUAAAACAGUUUACAGUGCUGGUUUGUACAUCGCCAUUUUCAGCAAUGUCUUUGGAAACGUUUCUUUUACCUUCGAGGUCAAAGAGAAAAUGCAUCCAUCAACAAAACCCUUGGAUAUUGAUGAAUACUGA